AUCACCGAGUAAGUAGAGUAAUUAUAACUAUGUAGAAUGUUAUAUCAAUUGAUUUUAGUUUCAUGCUCUCAGCUCCAUAGUUCAUGGAACUCAGUACGAGGUUUUUGAGACACUAUCAAUCAUUAUGUAGUACAAUUUUAAUGUUCAGCAUGAGCAUGAGUGAGGAUCCAGUUCGUGAGUGGAUUCUUUCUGAGGGGAAAGCUACAAAGAUAACCAAAAUUAGUCCUGUUGGUGGUGGUUGUAUCAAUCUUGCUAGUCGCUAUGACACUGACGCUGGUUCUUUCUUUGUUAAAACAAACAGGAGUAUCGGACCAUCAAUGUUUGAAGCAGAAGCACUUGGUUUAGGAGCUAUGUAUGAAACCGGGACCAUCCGUGUGCCUAAGCCGUAUAAGGUUGGAUCACUACCUACUGGUGGUUCUUUCAUCAUUAUGGAAUUCAUAGAAUUUGGUGCAUCUAGAGGCAAUCAGUCUGUUCUAGGGAGGAAGCUUGCUGAAAUGCAUAAAGCCGGAAAGUCUAGUAAAGGCUAUGGUUUUGAUGUUGAAAACACCAUUGGCAGCACUCCACAAAUAAACACCUGGUCCUCAGAUUGGGUUCAAUUUUAUGGAGAGCAUAGAUUGGGUUACCAGUUAAAGCUAGCAUUAGACCAGUAUGGUGACAGAACCAUUUAUGAAAAAGGAAAGAGACUGGUGAAAAGCAUGGGACCGCUGUUUGACAAUGUAGUGAUAGAACCAUGCUUACUACAUGGAGACCUCUGGAGUGGAAACAUCAGCUCUGACAAAAAUGGAGAGCCUGUCAUAUUGGACCCAGCAUGUUAUUAUGGGCACAGUGAGGCGGAGUUUGGUAUGUCUUGGUGUGCUGGCUUUGGAGGAUCAUUCUAUAAUUCUUAUUUUGAGGUGAUGCCUAAACAGCCAGGCUUUGAGGAGAGGAGAGACCUUUACAUGCUAUAUCACUAUUUAAAUCAUUAUAGUCUCUUUGGUUCUGGAUACCGAUCAUCUGCCAUGUCUAUAAUUGAUGAUUAUCUAGCAUUUUUGAAAGCAUAGAGUUGUAUGCAUUAUUGACAAGCUUAUAGGUUCUUUUCCUGUACAUUUCACUACUUACAUUUCCCUCCUCAGCUCACUCAAUGAAAUGGAGAUCUGAUUUAUACCAA